AGCAGCCCAAAAUAAAUAAACUGAUUCUUGACAAAGAAAGACAAGUAGAAAAACCCUACUUUCUGUUCUGGCAUUUUCAAUUUCUCGAAUUUUCUAUUUCGAUGAUCAGAGACUUCUUUUUGCCAUACUUUUAAAAAUUCCUAUGUCUUUUUGGCAGAAAACCAUGUUUAUCCUCUUCCAUCUUUUAUAAUUAUAUAUACUCCCCUCUUUCUCUCUCUCUCUUAUAAUUCUUGUUAUCAAAUAACAGAUAUCAAUAGUGGAGAGAGAAACUAGCAUCAGAGCUCAAAGUAACACAGAAAAAUAUGGGGAGAGCCCCUUGCUGUGACAAAGCGAACGUUAAGAAAGGCCCAUGGUCACCUGAAGAAGAUGCCAAACUGAAGUCCUACAUCGAGCAGCAUGGGACUGGUGGUAACUGGAUCGCUUUGCCACAAAAAAUCGGUCUCAAGAGAUGUGGUAAGAGUUGCCGCCUAAGAUGGUUAAAUUAUCUUCGCCCCAAUAUCAAGCAUGGAGGAUUCUCAGAAGAAGAAGACAACAUAAUCUGUAAUCUCUAUAUCAGUAUCGGCAGCAGGUGGUCAAUUAUUGCAGCACAAUUACCAGGGAGGACUGAUAAUGAUAUAAAAAACUACUGGAAUACUAGACUGAAGAAGAAGCUUCUUGGUAAGCAACGCAAAGAACAGCAGGCUCGUAGAGGUUGCAACCUUAAGCAAGAGAUGAAGAGAGGAAAUGGAAAUUCCAUUUCCAUGGUUCCUGAUAACAAUAAUAACGAGAGUCCUUACUGGCCAGAGCUGCCUGUGCUGGCACCAAUACCGUACUCAAAUGAAGAAAACCGCUUUAACGACCAUGCAGCUAUCAGAAAGUUUCUUAUCAAGCUUGGAGGAAGAUUUUCCGAAGAUAAUCACUAUGUACACGACGGGACAAGUCCUCAGUUUCCAGUUGACAUGUAUUCAAAUCCUCAAUUUUAUGAGCAGUCCCUUAGUAUGCCAUCUUCUUCUUCAGUGGAUGCCUUAAACAACUCCAACACACAAUAUGUGCAAAGCCUUUACAAUAUAGAUGGGACUGAUUCGCUAGCACCGCAAGGACAAAACAAUUUGCAAGGGGAGCUUGGAGAAACGGUAUACAGCAAUCCACAAAGGUUAGAUGGUUUGGAGUUCUUUUAUGGGGACGACAUGAUGAUGAAUAAUAGAAUUGAUAUGGCUUCUCGUGAAACUAUUGGAUGGGGUGAUAUGAGCUCUCUGGUUUCCCCUCCUGUUGGUCCAAACUAUGAAGAUAUACAACAAGGGGUGCCACAACAAUAUGCAUUCAAUGACUUGAGGUACCCUGGAACGCAUUAGCAUGUAUGUAAAUGGAUAUAGUUUCAACUUGUAGCUAUUCAGUAGGGAGUGGUGUUGGAAUCUCAGAGGAGACCCUAAUAAACUUAUUCGGAGAUAUGCUUGCUUUUUCAUAUGCUUAAUCCAUUGAUAUUAAUGACUGUAUUUUAUCUAACUAGCUUGUGCGUUCAUAAGCUUCUUUUUCACUUUAUUUUUCAGACUAAAUUUCUUAUGAAGAAGGUGAAUUAGAGACUUUGGAGCUUCAAGUUUAUAUAUGUUAAUAUAGCACUAGUUCAUCUCAACCUUCUUGACUAAAGAAGUGUUUUGAAUGUGUUGUUUCCGUUAAUUGGGCGAGUGGAGAUGAUCGGCUCCAGAAAAAUCGUACACAUAAAUGGUAUGUGUAAUGUGUUUUUUUCACACACAUACAUUCCAUUAAUGUGUAGAGAUGAUUGGCCACACAUUAUUCCUCCAAGACCCCGAGAGAAGGCACCGAGAAUGAUAUUUAGAUGCCUUUAUGACCCAAGUUGUUAUACUAAGUUAUAUACAGUUAGUAAAAC